CACACUUAGCGGCAGUAGCGCACCAUCACGAUGGAUUGCCAACCACUGAUGACUUACAGAAGAAGUAGCAGGACCCUAACGUUCGCGCUUUGUUUUCCACCCGAUAUGAUUUACUGACGGACAGUUUUUGCUUGGUUGUUGGAGGUUUUUUUUGUUUUGUUUUUAAAUAAUGGAGAAGGCUAAUCAGAGCUUUUGCAGUGACCCAUCCAACCUUGUUUCAGAAGAUGGGAAAAAUACGAAAUCAGUGGUGUGCCAGCGUUGUGGCUCAAAAGUGCUCUGCCCGGGCAUGGCUGUAUUUGCAGAAAAGCAGCUCUUUCUCCCUUCAAUGCAAAAGAACAACAUUAACCAGCCUGAUGGAACUUUAGACGGAGAUACGUUAACAGCUCACUGGCUGGUGGAUGAUAUGUACACCUUUGAGAAUGUUGGCUUCACCAAAGAUGUAGGCAAAAUAAAAUAUCUUAUCUGUGCAGAUUGUGAGAUUGGACCCAUUGGAUGGCACAACCUUGAUGACAAGAAAUAUUUCUACAUAGCACUAGAUCGAGUUAAACACGUGUAGGGUGCUUAAGCUUGUUUGGUACGAGAUCGUGCUACACAACUUGCUUUCUCUUGUUACACGUUUUUGGUGUAGUUUUAAACAUACCUCUUUGAGCAGUACACUGGGAGUAAUGUUUUGUAAAAUGUU